UAGUCCAUGUUUUCGAUCCCAGUGAUUUGGCCCCUGUGAAGAGCCGGUGCACAGGACAGUCUGCAUCCCUCCCUUCUUCCCCUCCCGCUGCAUCCCGGGCCCCUCCCGUGUGGGAGGCCUGCUGCCUCCUUCCUGGGAUCCACUUUUACGGUGCUCUCUCUCGCGCUUUGGUUCCCACGCAGGAGAAGCCCCGCGCAUUUAAGCUCCCGCCUCUGGUUUAUGGCCCUUCACACCGCGGUCUCGGGGGCACCCAGGGAUGGUUUUAGCUGCUCCUCGGGAAGGAAGGCCAUGCCGCUGAAACACGCCCUCCUCCUGCUGCUGGGCUGCCAGGCCUGGGCCACCGCCUCGGCCUUCUACGGCUGCCCCAGCGAGUGCACCUGCUCCCGGGCCUCGCAGGUGGAGUGCACGGGCGCCCGCAUCAUGGUGGUGCCCACGCCCCUGCCCUGGAACGCCAUGAGCCUGCAGAUCCUCAACACGCACAUCACCGAGCUCAACGAGUCCCCGUUCCUCAACACCUCGGCCCUCGUCGCCCUGCGCAUCGAGAAGAACGACCUGUCCAGCAUCCUGCCGGGGACCUUCCGCAGCCUGGGCUCGCUGCGGUACCUCAGCCUGGCCAACAACAAGCUGCAGGUCCUGCCCGUCGGCCUCUUCCAGGGCCUGGACAACCUGGAGUCGCUGCUGCUAUCCAGCAACCAGCUGGUGCAGAUCCAGCCGGCCCACUUCUCACAGUUCAGCAACCUCAAGGAGCUGCAGCUGCACGGCAACCACCUGGAGUACAUCCCCGACGGCGUCUUCGACCACCUGGUGGGGCUCACCAAGCUCAACCUGGGCAAGAACAGCCUCACCCAGCUCUCGCCGCGCAUCUUCCAGCACCUGGGCAAACUGCAGGUGCUGCGGCUGUACGAGAACAGGCUGGCGGACAUCCCCAUGGGCACCUUCGACGGGCUGGGCAGCCUGCAGGAGCUGGCUCUGCAGCAGAAUCAGAUCGGCGCGCUGUCCCCCGGGCUUUUCCACAAUAAUCGCAACCUGCAGCGGCUCUACCUGUCCGACAACCACAUCUCCCAGCUGCCGCCGGGCAUCUUCAUGCAGCUGCCCCAGCUCAACCGGCUCACGCUCUUCGGCAAUGCCCUCAAGGAGCUGUCCCCGGGCGUCUUUGGGCCCAUGCAAAACCUUCGCGAGCUCUGGCUCUAUGACAACCACAUCACCUCCCUGGCCGACAACGUCUUCAGCAACCUGCACCACCUGCAAGUGCUGAUCCUCAGCCGCAACCAGAUCACCUUCAUCUCCCCCGGCGCCUUCAACGGGCUGGCGGAGCUCCGCGAGCUCUCCCUGCACAGCAACGCGCUGCAGGACCUGGACGGGAGUGUGUUCCGCGCACUGACCAAUCUGCAGAACGUCUCCCUGCAGAACAACCGCCUCCGCCAGCUCCCGGGAAACCUCUUUGCCCACGUCAACGGGCUCACGACCAUCCAGCUGCAGAACAACCAGCUGGAGAACCUGCCGCUGGGCAUCUUUGACCACCUGGGCAGCCUGUGCGAGCUGCGGCUCUACGACAACCCCUGGAGAUGCGACGCCGACAUCCUGCCGCUCCGCAACUGGCUCCUGCUCAACAGGGCCAGGCUGGGGACGGACAGCCUCCCGGUGUGCGCCAGCCCCGCCAGCUUCCGGGGCCAGUCCCUCGUCAUCAUCAACGUCAAUGUCGCCGUCCCCAGCGUCCACGUCCCGCCUAUCCCUGAGGUGCCCACCUACCACGAAACGCCCGGGUACCCGGACAUCACAUCUGUGUCCACUGUCACAGAGAUCACCAGCUCCACGGAGGACUUCACCGGCCUGACCCCCACUGGGGGCUCCGACAGCCGCGACACGGACGGCGGGGCCCAGAGCGGCCUGGCCAUCGCCGCCAUCGUCAUCGGCAUCGUCGCCCUGGCCUGCUCGCUCGCCGCCUGCAUCUACUGCUGCUGCUGCAAGAAGAGGAGCCAGACCGUCAUGAUGCAGAUGAAGGGCCCCAACGAGUGCUAGGGAGGCGGCGGCAGCCGGCCCAGGCGGGGGGCACGGCGGGACCCGGAGCGUGAGGGUGCCGCCCGCAGCCCUGGGCCGCGCUGGAGAGAGGCGGGUCUGGAAGGACCUUGUUCCUCAGCGAGACCCACCGGGCCAUCGGGAGGUCUGGGGGCGCCCCAGGUCAUGUGCUUGCCCCCCGCUUCUCUCCAAGAACAGCUGUCCCCGCCCCAGCCCACCCGCUGGCGCUGGCACGGGAUGCUUCCCGGGCCCUCCCUCCUCCAGGUUCCGGAAGUCCUGACCCCGCUCUUGCUUCUCUCCCUGUGUGCUGGCUUGACGCCGUCCCUCCGAUGAAAACCUCCCCCUUGAUUUUCUGCUUCUAAGGCAGCGUGAGCUCUCUCCGCAGGAAGCUGAGAACCAGGCUGCGGUCUUCCUUCUGCCCUGGGCAGUGCUCCGGCUCCACCGCGGGGGGGGCCCCGGCCACCGGCCUCCCGCACAGCGCUGUCCUCUCCUUCCCGGUGACCGUCACCAGGAGGAGCGGGAGAGGCACCAGCACGACAGUUCACCUUGUAGAGGAUGUCCAAACUGGAAAAUGUCAGCCUUUCUGGAAUAAAAUCGUGUAGAGUUUCUGACUUCUGAAAACGU